CAGAAGAUUCUUCACGGCAGAAUGGAUAAAGACUUUCGCCGGAAGUAUAAAAAAAUGCGAUGUGGUCUGCUUCACCUGCUGCUGAUAGUGGGGGGUGCAACAGGUUUGAAAGAUCUGACGAUAAACGUCCCGAAAAUGGUGAGAUCAGGUGAAUCCGUAACAUUGUCAUGCCAUUACGACCUGGAGGGCUUACCUUUGUACACUAUACAAUGGUUUUUCAAUGAUCGAGAGUUUUAUCGCUUCAUACCUGACCGCAAUCCAUCGCCACCCUAUAGCAUUUUCGACGUGGAUGGUAUACAAGUUAACGUCUCCAAAUCGAACACGAACGAUGUAACAUUGGUGAACGUGUCCAGAGAGCUUACUGGAACUUACAAGUGCGAGGUGUCCGCGGGCAGCCCUUCCUAUCACACUGGGAUCCAAAGGGCCAAGAUGGAAGUAGUUGACGCCCCAAAAACGGGUCCUGCGAUUCGUACCGAGAAGGAGCGCAUAGCAGUGGGCGAGACGCUACGAGCGAACUGCACCUCAGGCAAAUCCCGCCCCGCCCCUGACGUUACGUGGAAGCUCAACGGUGACGCCAUCACCAAGGACAGUGGGCUAUACAAAAUACGGCAUUAUCAAACUUCUCACGACAACGUGACACAAUCUGUAACGUCGUUCAUCGAAUUUAGAGUGACAAACAGUAUGUUUCGUAAACUACACUUACAUCUGCGAUGCACGGUCUUCAUUUCAGACGUUUAUCGAAAAUCAGUAGAUAUUGAAAUCCCUGAAGACACACCUCGUAUUGCAUCGAUCACCGGCGACUCACCACCGUAUGGUCACCGAGCGAACGGAUGCGCUGGACAGAAUUGGCCCUGGAAUGGUAAUCGCGGCGCGGCGAUAAUAAUGGCUAUCAUGGCGGCCAUCCUGUUCCUGAUGAUGACAUCACUGACGAUGACGGUACCCCCAAUCAUGAAUGUACUACCGAGGUGCGAGCCGACAAUUAGCAGGUAGCUCGCGGGUAUCCUCAAUGAAGAUAUCGCUGCCACUGUCUGAUCCGAUUACGUCGUCCAUGUAAAACCUAGUAGUCUAGGGCUUCCAGUUAUAUAUGUUACUAUGUAUAGAAUAGAUAGUCGAAUAACGAUGAUUUUUAUUCUCGAGGAGCCUAUGAAACAGAGAGGAAUUGGUGAAUCGCUGGCGGAUCGAUGCGGGGCUACGCGUAAUUCAUAUAUACAGUUACUUUUAAACAUGUUGUCUUUUGAUGUAAAUUGUUGAUCACUAAUAAAAAAAAAAAUGAAGAAAACAGGAUAGAACAGUGUCCGAGACAUAGGCAGGAACAAUGUUACUUAACGCAACGAGAUGAACGAAGAAAUUGUUACAAAUCAAAGAAGAUCAGCUUCGUAGCGAUGAUGAUUAGACUCGAAUAUUCCAUUAACGAAGAAAUGGAGAAGAGAACGAGGGGGGGGAGAGGGAUUUAACUUUUUUUACGUUUUGAUUUAAAUUGUCCGACGGAACACACAUCGAGUGCUGUAAACGCGAUAUUUAUUAGUGAUCGGAGUGUUCACCAAGUGUCAAAUAUAGAUUAUACAGGGGUAAUUACAUGAUAACUGAUAUAAUAACGUUAGCGCAGUAACGAGUGGCGUUCUGCUCAAUAUUCGCUCCUUUUAUGAUGUCUAACAGGAAAAAAAAAAACGCAUCAUAGGUACCGAUUUGUAAUCUGUACAAAUUGUAAUAAAUUAUAAUACG